UACAUGCAAUAGCUAAUUUAGACAUAUAAAUCUUCAUUCUCAGUCCAUAUUCCUACAUGGGAAGUCACUCAUGGAGGUACCUAUAAUGUUAAGGAGUGCCUGUUUAGCCAUAUUAGUUCUAUGGACGCUGUGGUCUCCUUUAAGGGCAAACUCAGAGCCAUACAAGCCUCGAGAGACCAGUGGACGCAGUGAAGAAGCAGUGAAAGAGAGUUUCGAGAGGUGGAUAAUACAACAUGCGCGAAACUACACAAAUGAAGCGGAGAGGGAACUUCGUUAUUGGAUUUACCAUUUGAAUCUUUUGUUAAUCGACGAAGUGAAUUCUCUAGACCUUCCUUACAAGCUCAUCGACAACAAAUAUGCAGAUAUGACGAAUUCCGAGUUUCAAGAGAUCUUCUUGGGUUUUAAACCAUUGUUGCAUCAUCAAACAAACUUUAGAUAUGGGGAUGGUGUGAAUUUGCCAAAGCAAGUGGAUUGGAGAAAGAAUGGCUCUGUCACUUCAGUCAAGGAUCAAGGCCAAUGUGGUAGUUGUUGGGCAUUUUCUUCAGUAGCAGCUGUUGAAGGCAUCAACCACAUCAAAACUGGGAAAUUGGUAUCUUUAUCAGAACAACAGCUUAUGGACUGUGAUGUUACCUCAGGGAACCUGGGCUGCAGAGGUGGAUACAUGGACAAAGCAUUUGAAUAUGUCAAAAGGAAUGGACUAACCACAGAAAAAAAUUAUCCUUACCAAGGAGCUGAUGGCUCAUGCAAAGGAAACAAAGUCAAAAAUGGAAAAGUGACAAUAAGUGGUUACGAAAGAGUACCUGCCAAUGACGAGCGAAAGCUACAAACUGCAGCUUCUCACCAGCCUAUCUCUGUUGCAAUCGAUGCUGCUAGUUAUGAGUUUCAACUCUAUUCCCAUGGUGUCUUCACCGGCCAAUGUGGAACCGACCUUAAUCAUGGAGUGACUGUAGUAGGCUAUGGAGAACAGAAUGGCUCCAAGUAUUGGCUUGUGAAGAAUUCAUGGGGAGCUGACUGGGGUGAAUCUGGUUAUAUAAAGAUGAAACGUGAUUCCAAAGAUAAGAGAGGUCAAUGUGGCAUUGCCAUGGAUGCCAGCUACCCUUUAAAGGAUUCUUAGAACUUGAUGAUUUAUUUGUGGUUGUUGGCAAAAAUAAUAAUUAUAAUAAGUAUGCCAAUCCACCGGUGAAGGUGUUACUA